AUUCCCAGUUUUUUAUAAACAAAAAUCCACAUUUUCUCAGAGAAAAUUUUUCAUCUCGCGAUUUUCUUUUGACUUUCCGGUUUAGUUUGAUUUCAACUUUUCGCGUGUCCACGUGAAAGAUCGAACUCCUUAUAAAUUAUAAAAUAAUUAUUUUACCGGUGUAUGUUGAAGAUUUUCCAAAGGACUUUAACAAAUUUAACAAUUGCAAAAAGAAUGAAGUUUAUCGAUAUCGGAGCCAAUUUGACUGACGAAGUCUUUGACGGCGUCUACUCGGGUUCAAAAAAACAUGAUCCUGAUAGAAAGCAAGUACUUGAACGAGCAUGGCAAGUUGGUGUUGAGAAGAUCAUCAUAACUGUUGGAACAAUUUUUGAUUGCGAACCAGCUUUCAAAAUUGCAGCUGAGGAUGAACGCAUUUAUUGCACUGUUGGUACACAUCCAACACGUUGUGGUGAAUUCUUAGUAAGUGAGACCGACGAUUAUUUCAAUCGUUUAACACAGCAAAUCGAAGACCACAAAGAUAAAGUUGUUGCAAUCGGUGAAAUCGGACUUGACUAUGACCGCUUACAUUUCUGUGAACCUGAUGUGCAAAAAAAGUACUUUGAGAAGCAACUUGAACUCGCUGACAAAUAUGAACUUCCAUUGUUCCUUCAUUGUCGUGCUGCACAUGACGAUCUGAUUAAAAUCAUUCAAGAUAACAAGAAAAAGAUCAGACGCGGUGGUGUCGUUCACACAUUCGAUGGAACAUUAGAACAAGCUAAGAAGUUAAUCGCAUUAGGAUUCCACAUUGGAAUUAAUGGAUGUUCAUUGAAGAAUGAGGCGAAUCUUGAGGUAGUGAAAGCUUUGCCGAAUGACAAAAUCAUGCUUGAAACCGACGCACCAUGGUGUGAGAUUCGCCCAACUCACGCUUCUUUCAAGCAUGUUGUAACAAAAUUUGAGACUGUCAAGAAGAAGGAAAAGAAAAAAUGGCAAAGAGACGUUCUCAUCGUUGGACGAAAUGAACCAGUGACUAUUGUACAAGUUCUUGAAGUAGUUAGUGCAGUGAAGGGAGAAGAUCCAGCCAAGCUUAGCGAGAUUUUCUACAACAACACGAUGAAAGUAUUCUUCCCGAACUAAGAAUCUCCACGAUAUUUAUUUAAUUACCUACUUAUGUCAACAAACAACUAAAUUUUCUUCUUCAAUUUUACUAAUUUAGAUAUCAAAUGUGACAUUUUUUAACACGUUUUGUUGAGGUUUUUUUUAUUGUUAAUUGUUUUAAAUGAAAUUUUUUGAUGAAUUAGCAUUGACUGGAGCGAGAAAAAUUCUUCCAGAGUUUAAUAAAAAAUUUGUUGUUGGUCUUGUUCUUAUAAGAUUCUGUAGAGAAUCUGCACAGAAUCUUGUAUAAGAUCGUGACAAUCAACAUCAGAAAAAAAGCACAAAAAAGUUAUUGAAAUUAGAAUUGUUUGCAGUGAAUGGAAAAGUUUUUCGUGUGUGAUUGUUGCAAGUUUUGAAUUUUCUCCAUAACGUUUUAAUAUUAUGAACUCUUUACAAACUAGGUCUUAAAUGGACAAUUUGUGAUUUUAUUCUAUAAGAAAGAAUUCAAAGCGCAACUUUCAGUAUAA